AUGGCUACCCCUAGCGUUCUCGUCUUUGAUGCUGAGGGUUGGGCUGUUGACUUUGAGGUCUGGGUCGAUGAUCUGCAGCUUUUCCUACAGUGCGAUAGGAAAGACGGUCUCUCACAGUUCGAUCUCACGUCUGGCGCCUCUACUGCCCCUGCUGUCGAUGCUGACAGCACUGUUCGCUCACAGUGGGCCACACGCGAUGCUGCUGCCCGUCUUGCUCCGCGUAGUCACUUGCCGUCCUCUGAGCGCGCGCACUUCAGUCAGUACAAGAGUGCUAGGACCUUGUACGACGCUGUAGUCGCACGCUACUCUUCCCCUGCCACAGCUGCCCUUAGCCGCCUCAUGCUGCCGUACCUGUUCCCUGACCUCGCCGGCUUUGCCACAGUCAGUGACCUCAUUACGCACCUUCGCACUAGUGACACCUGCUACCACGCUGCGCUUCCUGCUGAGUUCUGCGCCAAGAACCCCCCCCCCAUGUACGUCACCCUCUACUACAUAGUCACUCGGCUCCCUGACUCCCUUCACUCGGUCAGGGACCACGUCCUCUCUGUUUGCCCCACCACACUCACCGUUGACCUCCUCGAGGAGCGCCUCCAAGUAGCUGAGAAGAGUAUAGUCGCUGUAGGAGCCUCUCGUGGUGACCCUCGUGCCCCCUUCUUUGAGGGGUGCUCCCCCUCCCCCCUUUUGGCCUCUGUUGCCUCUGCUGCUGCCGUCGAGUUUGUUGGCUUCGAGUCGGCGGAGGCGGCGGCGGCGGUGGCGGUGGGAGCGGAGGAGGAGGCGGAGGCGGCGGUGGCGGAGGUGGCGGCGGCGGAGGUGGAGCUGGUUGGGGUGGCUCUGCGCAGCGGGGCGGCUCCGGUGGUGGUCAGCGCCAGCAGCAGCAGCACACUCGUGAGACCCCGCCCCCCCAGCAGCUUCGUGAGUGGUACGCUGCGCGUCAGCGGGGUGGGGGUGCUGGCCCUUGUGCCUACGUCCUGCGUACCGGCGACUGCAUUUGUGAGCCGUGCGGUGGCCCGCACACCACCCAGCGCUGCUUCGGCCGCCUGA